CUUGCUAUCGAUUUCGUUUGCAAUAUGCCAUGGUCAUCCGAUUAAGCAUUCUAAGUCUAUCGGCCUGUGAAUAGCACCGACCAUGGUUAUCUGUCAUCUAGCCACCGAAUCUCCAACAAAAUAAUCGCAUCAUGGCCAGAGUCUCCGUCCGGCGCAUAUACUUUGGUGACUGGGUCACGGACUUCCUACAACAUAUCCUCAGUCAAGAUGCGCCCUCAACUUUGAUACUUGUAUGUUCGACGAGGGAGCUAUUUCUAGAGCAAUUACUCGCCGCUUCUUAUAUGCAACCAACGGAGGCUGUUAAACGCCACCGAAUACUUGCCAAAACCAUCGGAUUGCUCUCCAAGUCAAGAAGAAUCAAGCUGAUCUUCUGUCCAACGUUGGAGCAUCUUCGAGCUUACUUGUCAGUGAUGAAAUCACCGGAGAACAUCCAGAAUGUGUCGGACAAAGAGGGGCAGACAAAGCGGCCUCUAGUGGCCAUUCUUAACCCUCUAGCUUUACAUAUGUCUACCUCGGAAUUUUCUGCCCAAGGUCUGUCCAGAACAUUCGCUCUUGCGGUGGAGGUAUCCUCUCGAGCGCAAAUGGAUCUUGUCCUUUGCGAAUGUCGAGACGCUGCAGAUCCCGCGGACAGUGGACGGGGCGAGGUGUUAUGGUACACACAGGUGCCCCUCUUGAACGGCUCUGUACGAAUUGGCGAGGAAAGCACCUCCUUUCGGAGAGGAGUGCCUGUGAAAAGGGUUGUCGAACGAUGGUUCGACUUCAACGAAAAUGAGCAUCCGGUCACAGACACCAUAGACAUCUGACUGUUCCUAGGUAAAACAAUAGGCAUUGACACAGCUAAAGCCAGCCGAGCAUAUAUGUACUACAAUAUAUCGACAAUGUAAACCCCCAUAAUCAACC